AUCAUCGCACUUGCCUGGUCACAUAUUUUAUUUUUAUUUUUCAUCAGUCGUCGACAUACAUUAGUGAACACCAGAUUCUAUUUUCAAUUCCAUAUUUCUGAUAUAUUCGAAAUUGUAUUAGAUUGCAGUGCAAUUUUAGCUUUUUUCACUGAAUACCUUACUCAAUUAAUUGAAAUGGAUAUAGGUAAAGGUCGAGCCUUGGAGUUGGCAGUUUCGUUUGUUUCCGAUCAGUGGAAAACGUUAAAUGAAGACAACAUUACGGUCAAUGUUUUUGGCGGUGGAUACAGCGAUCGACUGUUUAUUGUUGAGGAUGUAUCAAAAACAUCCAAUAGUAAUCCAACCAAAAAAUUCCUAAUCAGACUUUAUGGAGGUAAGUUAAUCGAAAAAGAUGACAUCAUUAAAGCUGGCAAAUGCGAAGCAAGUGAAGGCAUCUUGUUCUUCACCAAUGGGGUUAAAGGGCUUGGGCCAAAACUGUUAGGAGUUUUUGAUGGCGGCCGAAUUGAAGAGUUUGUACCAUCACAUCAACUCACCGAGGCUGAUUUAACUGACAAGAAUAUGUCAUUGGAAUUGGUACGUAAACUUGCCCGUUUUCAUGCUCUUGAAAUACCAGUACCCAAGCAAAAUCGCGAUCUACUCGCUAUAUCGGCGAACCAUCAAAACGAAUACAACAAGGACACUACACUGAAAUUAGCAAAACGUAUUGGUAUCAAUGAAGAUGAGUUAAUGUAUCUAGAUGAAGACUAUGUUGCCGAGCAUGCGUUCCUUCGUAGUUUUGAGACAAAGGUUGGUGGUCGACAAGUUCUUUGUCACGGAGAUCCCAACAAGAACAAUAUUUUGGUUCGAGACAAACCGGAUCAAUUCAAUGAGCGUGUCAUGUUAAUCGACUAUGAACUUGCUGGUACAGAUUACCGUGGCGUAGAUUUGGCCGCACUUUUCCUAUGCAAAAUGUUUGAAAUGACAGAAGAUGGAGUUUUUCAUUUAGUUUGCGAAUGUCCUGAUGAAGAGUACCGUCACAUGAUGCUGGAGGAAUAUUUGAAAGAAACGAAAAAAUUGAACUACUUUGAAUUCGAUGCGAUUGGGCUGGACUCUAUUGAUCAUUUGAUGAUGGAAGUGGACUUCUUUGUAAUGUAUGUUCUACAAUUUUACAAGGGAUUCUUCAUGAAAAUGCCGAAUAGUGAAUUCUUUCAGAAACUACCAGACGAGGUGAUUAGCAGCUGGCUUAGAUUUAUUCCCAUAAUGGCAACAACUUAUGAAACUCAAAAAAAAUGUUUUAUUGAGAAAUACAGUAAAGUCAUUUAGAUCGACAAUGAAAAACUUUCGUAGGAAUGUAAAUUUUCCACUAAAACGGUAGUGUAAUAUUAAUAAAAUGAAAUUCUACAAAUUU